GCUGUUCUGGGCCACUGACAAGUUAGGCCGGCCGCUGUUGAGCUGCGGGCAGGAAGGGGAGGGCCUAGCGGAGCAAAGGGGAGCUGGGCGCGGGCUCAGGGCUGGGUCGGAAAGCUACUUCUCUGCGCAGUCCUGCCGCUCCCGCCCCGAACUCUGGCCCAGGUGUCUGGUUGCUUCUGCACCUACCCCGAGGCUGAGCCCUCAGCGCCUUCCCCAGGAUGUCCCAGCCGGGUAGGAAGCCCGCCGCCUCCCCCAGGCCCCGGCGCGCCACUGCAGACCGCCACACCCAGGAGCAUGUUAAUGACAAGAAUUCUGGAUCAUCCUCUAAAUCAGGAGAAAAUAAAGGAUCAGAUGAGAAAAAAGGAGCCAGUUUGGGGAGCAGUCAGCCAUCCAGAGCCCAUGCUGGUGGAGCUGCCACAGCCACCAAGGUGCCAGCUUCCUCGGCUGCAACCAGCAAGUUUCCCAGUAUGAGUGCCACAGAAGCUAAGGCCAUUCCAAUCUGCAAACAGAUGGAAGAACCACAUCCACAUGACAAGAAAAGGCACAGGAAACAGGCUGUGAAAACAGAGUCUGAGAAGUCACAAUCAAGUAAGACAAAAUCACAAGGUGUUCCUUCUGCUGCUGGUGGUGGUGUGGCUGCUGGUGUGACUGUGACUGCAGCAUCAGAGAAGGCAGAUGACAAGAAAAAAGAAAAGAAAUCAUUAACGCCAGCUUCACCAGUGGAGUCCAAAGUAAACAAGCCAUCUGACAAGUCAGACACGGAUGCUUUAGAUGACCUGAUAGACACUUUAGGGGAACCUGAAGAAACUAGCAAAGAUGAUUCAUGGUACACUGGACCAGUAGUUUUGGACCCAAUGGAUUCUACUUGCCUGGAGCCACUGGGUAUAAGAGAAGGAACUAUUCCUCCAGAGUACAGGGAACUUCUGGCUAAAAAGGAAGGAAUCACAGGACCUCCUUCAGACUCCCCUAAACCCAUGGGACCUGAUGAUGCUAUAGACGCCUUGUCUUCUGACUUCACCUGUAGUUCUCUGACUGAAAAGCAAGCUAAGGAAGAGAAAUCUACAGGUGAGAUUUCUAAAGCUCAGUCUGCUGGAGUGACCAGAUGUGCUGUUCCUCCCCAAGAGAAGAAAAGGAAGGUAGAAGAGGCUGUCAUGAGUGAUCAAGCCCUGCAGGCUCUGUCAGAGUCACUGGGCACCCGGCAGCCAGACCCUGAGUGCCACAUUAGCCAGGACGACCAAGUCAAAGAGGCAAAAACAAAAGAAGAAAGGCAGGAAAAAUGUGGUGAGGAUGAUGACACAGUCCCCCCUGAGUACAGGUUAAAGCCAGUUAUGGAUAAAGAUGGAAAACCACUAUUGCCAGAGCCUGAAGAAAAGUCUAAGCACCCGAGUGAAGCAGAGCUGAUAGGGCAGCUUUCAGAAGAUUUUGGCCGAUCUACAUAUCAGGACAAACCAUCUAUACCAGCUGAGAAAAUAGAAAAAUCUAAGGACACAUCCCCUACUGCGUCUGAGACUGUGCUUCAGGCCUCCAUGUGCAGUAUGCAGGCGGCACCACCCAAAACAGCCUCAUCGAAGGACAUGGUGCCAGAUGAUGCUGUAGAAACCUUGGCUGGAAGCCUGGGAAAAAGGGAAACAAAUCCAGAAGAUGAAAAACCUGUGGUGAAUAAAGUUAAGGAGAAAGCUAAAGAAGAAGCCCUUGAGAAACUUGGUGAAAAAGAAGAAACAAUUCCUCAUGACUAUAGACUAGAAGGGGUCAAGGAUGAGGAUGGAAAACCACUCCGGCCAAAAGAGUCCAAAGAACAACUUCCACCCUUGAGUAAUGAGCUCCUUCUUGAUGCGUUGUCUCAGGACUUCUCCAGUCCGGCAAACAUAUCAUCUCUUGAAUUUGAUGAUGCCAAGCUUUCUGCUGCCAUCUCUGAAGUAGUUUUCCAGACUCCUGCUCCUAGCACCCAUGCAGCAGCCUCAGUACCUGACACUGAGCAUGGAGACAAAGAACUCGAUGACGCAUUGGAUGAACUCUCUGACAGUCUUGGGCAAAGACAGCCUGACCCAGAUGAGAACAAACCAGUAGAUGAUAAAGUAAAGGAAAAAAUUAAAGCAGAACAUAGAGAGAAACUGGGAGAAAGAGACGACACCAUCCCACCUGAGUAUAGGCAUCUUCUGGACAAUGAUGGGCAGGACAAACCAGAGAAGCCACCUACAAAGAAAUCAAAGAAGCCUGCUCAUGACCAGGACCCCAUUGACGCCCUCUCAGAAGAUUUUGAUAGCUGCCCCUCAACUGCAGAGACAUCACAGAAUACAGCAAAGGAGAAGAGCAAGAAGAUGGGUUCAAGUUCCAAAGCACCCAAGAAUGGAGUAAAAACAAAGAACUCCACCAAGAAGACAGAAGAAGCAUCCAGUCCAAAGGCUGACAAAAAGGAAAGUUAAAGUUACACAUUUGGGUAUCUGAAUAAAAAUUUUUCAAAUGGUGGAUGGUGAUUUGAAGAACAAAGGCUUUGGUGACAGUUUUUUGGGUGGCUUCUAGACAGUGGUAUUUGUGAUGUCUUUGGACAUCUUAAACAUUGGUUUGUUAUUCUUUUUCAAAAAGAAAAUGAAUUUCUCUGGUUCACCUGUGUUGCUAUAUAAGUAUGGAUAAACUUCAAAUAUUUUUAAUUACCUUUAGGUGGGAGAAGGAAGCUUUAUAUUUGUAAGAAACAUAUUUCAUAGUUUCUUAAAACACCAAAAAAAAAAAAAACCAAACAAACCAGAAAACCUUUGCAAACUUUUGCACAUUAUACGUUCAGUGCCUGUAAAUCUCAUUAGUAUUUUUGGUUUGCACUUAAUUUUUUUAGCAUUUGAAAAAUAAUGCUCUCAUCUUUUGUCAGUAUUCUGAUUUCUUAUUACCUCUUUUUCUCUUGGGCUUUUGAACUGUAUUUGAUGUAUCUUUGGGUUAAUGUUGAUAAGUCAAAUAUAAAAUAUUGUAUAUUGGGCACAUAACUCCUUUAGCGCUGCUAGUAAUAAAUUAAUGAUAGAUAACCUGGGUAAAUCAGGGAACACCAAUCUUUCGUACCUGAUCUCUCCUUUACUAGGAAUGAGGACAGAAGAGACUUGAGACAGAGAGGACACACUAAGACUUGAAUUAAGUCAGCAGAAGAGCAAAGCACAGGCUAGUGUUGUCAGUGCACAGCAAGUUUCAGCAAUAAAGUUUGGAUUCUUAGAAUA